UUCCGGGUUAAAAAAAUAGAUUCGAUCAAACUUAAGGUCUUUUUUGUUAAAGUCUUCUUUUCGCAAAAACCUAAAAUCUCCUCUCCUUUGUACUCUCAAGCUUCGUUUUUUCUUCUUCUCCGUCCAAAUUUCUCCAUGGAUCGUUCUUUGAAUCUCCUCGAUUUAGCCUUAGGGUUCGAUGAGCAGCUAGCUAUUCCAUCGCCACUAAAUGGAAAAGUAAUACUAAUAGAAGACUGUGUAGAGACGAGUGGUUCCUUUGUACUUCACCAGCUAAUGAAACGUGUUCUCUCCUCUAACUCCUCCGACGCACUUAUCUUUCUCGCUUUUGCUCGCCCUUUCUCUCAUUAUGAUCGAAUCUUGCGUAAACUGGGAUGUAAUUUAGCUACCCAUAAGUCGAAUAAUCGAUUGGUGUUCUUUGACAUGCUCAUGGUUAAGUGUUCAGAUGGGGAUCAAAUGGAAGACAAUGUGAGUGCAGUUGCGAAACUAUUUCGGGAGAUACAAGAAACCGUUCGAAAGCUACAGAGUGUAACAAGUGGUAACAUAACUGUUAUGGUGGAUGACAUGUCUCUGCUGGAAAUUGCUACUACCGGCAGCAACUCAGAUCACGUAUUGGACUUCUUGCAUUAUUGCCACACAUUAAGUUCUGAAAGCAAUUGUUCAUUGGUCAUCCUCAAUCAUGAAGAUAUAUACGCGAGCAUGGAGAGACCUGCAUUUUUGCUACAGAUGGUAUGCCUUGCAGAUGUUGUGAUAAAGGCAGAGCCUUUAGCCUCUGGUUUAGCAAAUGAUGUACAUGGCCAAUUGACUGUUCUGAACAAAGGGAUAAGCAACUCAGGUAGAGGAAGCUCGAGGAACAAGUUGCAGAAUUUUCAAUUCAGGAUCAAAGAAAAUGGUAUCGACUAUUUCUAUCCUGGUUGCAGAAGCUGAGGAUUAGACACCGUUCUGAGCAUUAGCAUGGUAGUGAGAUGUUUUUCUAGACAGUUUUGUUAUUUGCGUUUAGGUUAAACAGAGACACUCUGUUAAACAUUUUUACUUUAGUGUCUCUUCUGGUUGUAACUUGAUGACUUAGCUAAAGUUGAAUGCUUGAGACACAGAAACUUGUAGACAUGGAAAAUUAGUAACAUUCUAUAUCUUUAAGUAAUUGACUUUUGAUUGAGGUAAAGCACUAUAGUGAUCACUCGUCAUGUCUCCCA